GUGAGUUUCCUCCUAAGAGAGCUGCUGUGGUUUGUCGUGCUGAGCUUUUCCACCCAUUUCCGUAUGGUCAAUCGGUUCUUGCGAAGUGUCAGCUGCUGGAGAUGUAGUAGACGGGACAGCUUGUCAUAUUGACGAUCAUCUUGCUGUCCGCAUUCCCUCAACAUAGUCAUUUUGUCCAUUAGCAGCCCGAGGUUGUGCACUUCUUUUUUGUGCUGUAUUCUCCCAUCUUCCAUCAGGACCUCUGCAUCCCGAAGUUUUCGAUUGAACAAGGCGGUUCUCACAGCCAAAUUGUACAUUUCAACAUUGGGUUGGAUAUUGUAAGGAUCUGAAACCAUGGUUCUGAACAAAUUUAAGACGGCGUCUGAAGGGAUGGGAUUUCCUAUGGAAGCUGUAUCCCAUUUGUAGGAUGAACGCAGAGGACGUGAAGAGGGUUUUUUGAUUUGUUUGGGAGAGAAAGGGAGAUAGGAGAGUCUUUUGGUAUUCAGGAGGGGUUUAGGGAGGUGGGAUGAAUUCAGGAGGAGGUUGAGUGUUGGAAUGGGCUGAUGGUCUUCUAUGUUGAUGAGUUCAACUAACCUAUACUAUUCUAACAGUAUCCUAAUUUCAAUUUGAUUCCAAAUUGGAUAUAAACUUCACAAUUCCAUCUCUUAAUCCCUCAGGACUUGGUUUUUCCGCACAAACAUCCGGCUCGAAACCAAAGCUAUCCCUCAAGAAAUCGCGGGUCGUAGGACCGAUUGUAAUGACAUAAGUCUUAGACCUCCCGCUCUUCGUAUCACCUUCAACUUUCACUCUUCCCGUAUUCUGGUCCAGCAACCCCAGAACCCUCAGCAUAGCCUCACACCCAGUAGGAGAAAAAACCACCACCCACCUCAUAUCACUCCCUUCUGUAUCGCCCAAAACCCGUUUAAAGUCCUCCGCGAACGAUUCCAUUACUCCGGUUCCGUAGACGACAAGUUCAUCGACCUGUAUACGUCUCUCAUUGGGUAAUUCGGGAUCCAUAAGUGUCUUUGGUAUUAUAUCCCUUCUCUGUUCUCCCACUAGGAAUAGCAAUGGUGGCUUGACAGUUCUAUCUUUAUACCAUUCCCCAUAGUGAUCGAGCAUGUAAUGCGCCAAUGCCUCACCAUUCCCAGUUUCUGACCCGAAGAUUUUCAGAGGUGGGGUUUGAGGGAUGGAUCGUAGAGCUCGGGAGGUUGCUGGACCGACGGUGUAGGUUGGGAUAUCUUGUAGAUGGGGCCAUGAUUCUUCACCUAUUCAGACAGAGUUAAUUGUGCCCUAUAUUUCGUAGAAAUGGAUCUUGGGCUCCUACCUACCUUUCCCUUCCUCAAUCAAUUUCGCAAAUGCCUCUACAGCACGUUGAGACGUAAAUAUCAUCCCACCAUACUUUGCACCCUCCUCUUUGCUAAUUGACUUCUUCUGAAGCAAACCCCGUACUACACUCAUCCCAUCUUCCAGAAGUUGGUGUUCCAGCACAGGCACGAAAAUAGGAUCAAAUUGCAAAUCAUCUUUUGAGGAGGAGAAAUGUUCUUGGUAUCCAUCAUUGGGUAUGGAUUUCGUUUUCAACAAAAGAAUUGGAAUUUUGUUGCUCAUGGUGGAAGGAUGGAUGAGGGGAGUGAAGGAUGCCGACGCCCGUGCCUAUGACGACGUAUGCAAGGCUGACUUGAACCCCUGUCAAUAAUUUCUGGGGUUCCGCCGCGCCACGAGGAGAGUGGGUUCUUACAAAGCCUCGUCUUCUAUUGAUUUACAACCUCACAAUCUCAAUAAUAUUGGGCAAAUAGUACAUCAAUUGAUCUAUAAAAAUGGCAGACGACACUCGAGAAAACGAGACAAAAAGUACAGCUGCGCCAGCUGUUUUUCCUUCCGGAAAACCAACAAGAAAUGCCCAGGGAGUAAUACUAGGUAAAGACGGUAAACCGUAAGCUCCCCUCCUCUCCCAUCCACAACCACCAUCUAACAAUAUCCAGUUGCCGCUCCUGCAACUCCUUCGCCUCAUUCACAUCCCAAACCAAAAAGAUCACCAAAUCCGAUCCACAAUGUCCCCCAGACGUCGAGCAACUCGGCCGCUCAACCUGGACCUUCCUGCACACACUCACAGCCUCCUACCCAGCGAAUCCCACGCCCUCCGAGCAGUCCAAUGUACAGCAAUUCAUGGGUCUAUUCGGGAAACUGUAUCCAUGUUGGGUUUGUGCGGAGGACUUUCAAGACUGGAUGGCGAAGAAUAAGGUUAGGACGGAGAGUAGAGAUGAGUUUGGUCGCUGGAUGUGUGAGGCGCAUAAUGAGGUUAAUCGGAAGUUGGGGAAGCGGGAGUUUGAUUGUGGGAAGUGGGAGGAGAGGUGGAGGACUGGUUGGAAAAAUGGAAGCUGUGACUGAAUGUAAUGAGUUAUGAGGAGUAGAAGGGCGUAUGGGCU